GCCCGCGAUGUACCAGGCGCCGAGCUGAUGCUCUCGCGGAUGGCCAAGGACCACAUCGCCGCGGACGCCUCGAGCUAUUCGCUGGUGAUCUCCGCCUGCUCCGGCGUGCGCGAGGCGCGGCGCGCGGAGGCGUGGCUGCGGAGGAUCGCUGCCGCCGGUGAAGACCUGGACUCGGAGGCGCACCUGCUGGUCGCGCAGGUCCUCGCCGAGGUCGGCGACGACGGCGCGGCGGAGAGGAGCCUGGCCCGGAUGCGCGCGGAGGGCCUGCGGCCCAGUGCCGCCAGGAGCUACAGCCCGCUCCUCUCCGCGUCGCGGUCGAAGGGCGGCGGCGACGGCGGCCUCGAGCGCGCGGAGCGGCUGUUGGCAGACCUGCGGGCCGCUGGCGGCACGCCAGACCCGGCCUUCUACGUGGAGCUGCUGGCCUGCUAUGCCGGCGCUGGUGCCUGGGAGCGCGUGGACGCCUGCCUGGAGGAGAUGCGGCGCGAGGGCGUCUGGGCCACCGCCAACCAGUACGUGGCCCUGGUCGGCGCCUGUGCGCGGGCGAGGGACCUGCCGCGGGCGGAGGCGCUCGUGGCCAGGGCCAUAGCGGAGGGCGUGCAGCCCACCGUCGCUCUGCUCAACGCCGUGCUCCGCGCGUGCGCGGAGGCCCGGCAGCCGGGCGCGGCGGAGGCCUGGCUGGCGCGCAUGCGCGAGAGGCACGGCUUGGAUCCCGACUUGCAGAGCCACAAUUUGGUCUUGGACGCCUGCGCGCGAGUGGGCAACCUGAGCCUCGCCGAGACGAUCUUCCAGCGCAUAUCGCAGGUCGGGUUGCGUCCAGACACCUCCAGCUACACAGCCGUGAUCACGUGCUGCGGUAACGCGAAGCGCGCGGACGAGGUGCCAGCGUGGCUUGCGAAGAUGCAGGAGGACUCUUCGUUACAGCUCGACGCCGUGCCGUUCAACGCCGCGCUGCACGCGUGCGUGAAGUGCGAGGACUUGACGCGAUUGUGGAACUCGUACGAGCUGAUGCACGGCAGUGGCGUGGCGCCAGACGCUCAGACGUAUUUGGCCAUGGCCCUCUUCUACGCGCAGUGCGGUGACGUGGAACGCGUCGAGGACUUCCUGUACGAGUCCCGCCUCGCAGGCCACCAGUGGGGCGAGCGCGAGUACGCCUGCCUGCUGCGGGCGUGCGGCAGCGCCUGGCCGCGCGAGCGCGGGCGCGCCGAGAGGGCGUUCAGGAGGAUGGUGGCCGAGGGCGUCGCCGCACGCACCGGGACCGUGAGGUACUUGUUGAUGGCAGUUGGCCGGGUCCGGACUGGCGAGCUUCUGGAGGAGCUCGGCCUGCAGCACCUCGCGCCCCCCCCCGCGCCGCGGCGGAGCGCCCCGCGUGGCGGCGCGGCCGCGGCGGCCGCGGACGUCGCGGGGCGAGAGCGGCGGAACUCGCGGAUCUCGGCGGGCGAGCGGGCCCGCGGGGCGAUUCUGUCGUGGCGGCUGCGGAGGCGGUACCUGCUUUACUGCGGCGCGUGCACGGCUGUGGCGGCGGUGCUGCUCCUGUGGAACUUGCAGGAGGCCGUGUCCAGCGGCUGGCAGAUCUCAGGCGUCUCUCGGUGCGCGUGGAUCGAUUGCCUCGAACUUGCCUUGGGCGCGGUCCUGAUCGCAGAGACGCUGCUGACCUUGUACGUGAUGGGCCCGAGGUCCUUCUUCGGCAGCGGCUGGUGCGUGCUCGACCUCUGCGUUGCGCUGCUGACCGUGCUGUCCAUCGCGCUGGCGCUCGCGGCCCUCCUGAGCGGCAGGCAGAGGGCGUACAGCGCAGGGAUGUUGCUGGUGGUCCUCCGGCUGCUGCUGCAGCCCGCGCGCUUCGCGGCGCUGUGCGCCGGGCUGCUCCGCUCGCACCGGAUGCAGCGAGACAGCCCCGGGGGACGCCCCCCGGCCUGCGAGACACGGAUUCGGGCCUGUCCAUGGGCCCGGCACCGCUGCCUGGGGCCGCAGCCUCCCGCUGAUGCUUUCGGGAGUGGGCGGCGCCUGCCCAG